CUCUAAGGGCCGCUAUUUGACUAGAUUCGUGUAGCAUGAAACUGAUAACCAGGCACAGUCCCUCCCACUCACUGUUUUAUGAAUACAGAAACAACGAAUUCUUUUUUGAUGCGACUAAUAGACAAGGCUGCAUCCAAUUUUCGGGCUUUUCGGUUGGAAGACCUUCGUAUUUCAACAUUUAUAUUUUAAUGAUGUUAAGAGGAUAACGGCACUAUCAAUAUGGUGGAUGUGCGCUCGUGCGGUUCUCGGCAUCGUCGGAUGACUCAAUCGCAGCGAAAAUGGCAGACUGUGCUUUUUAUUUUCUGUGUUUACGGGAUGGACUUUGUUUUUUGUCAAGCGCGAUAUUCAAUCCCGGAAGAGAGACCAGAGGGAUCAUUUGUAGGCAACAUCGCUGACGAUUUGGGAAUAGAGAUAAGUCGGUUUGUUUCUGGAAAAGCUCGGGUUGUAACAAAAGGCGGUCGGCAAUAUGUCGAACUUAGAAGAGACAAAGGCACCCUCGAGGUGAAGGAGAGGAUAGACCGAGAAGAGCUCUGCAAGCAAACAACGCCCUGCAGUUUCAGCUUCGAUCUGAUCAUGGAAAACCCCAUAGAAUUGCAUCGUGUCACUGUGGAGGUUCAAGAUAUAAAUGACAAUGGACCAUCAUUUCCUAAAGGUACCGUCAGUUUACACGUUAGUGAAAACACUGGAUCUGGGAAACGUUUUCAUCUGGACAGCGCUGUAGAUUUGGAUGUGAGUGUAAAUGACAUUGAAAGCUACUCUCUUAGUCAGAACGAUCAUUUCAAGCUUGAAAUAAAUAAUCAAGCCGAUGGGCAAAAGCAUGUUGAAAUGAUUUUAAUCCGUGAAUUAGACAGAGAAGAACGCGAUGAGCUAAAAUUGUUCUCACUGCAUAUGAUGGAGGAUCUCCUAAAAGAUCAGGCUCAAUGCUAAUUAAUAUUUUUGUAUUAGAUGCAAAUGAUAACUCUCCGGUGUUUAAAACAUCUAUGUAUAAAGCCGAAGUAAAGGAAAAUUCUCCAGCUGCUACAGUCGUUACUACAGUAAGCGCCAGUGAUGCUGAUG